GAAUGCGCAGCUGCGGCGAGUGUGGGAGGGGGCGGGCUCCCUGGCGGGGCCCGAGGGAGCGGCUGCUUGCGAGUGACAACUGGAGCCCACGGUGGCGCAGGAAUUGCGAACCAGGGUAAAGGACAGGCCCAAGCUUCAGAGGCGAGUGACGCCGGCUACAACGAUCAACAGUAAAUUAAUGAAUGGUUAAUAAUGGAACAGCUUAUUAGAGAAACGGCGUCACCGGUAUUCUAGUGCCAUCUUGAAGCACUUGUGGACUUACUACAUUUGAAAUGGAUGGCAUCAGAAAUUUGCUUGAUAGUUGACAAGAACUCUGUUUUACUCUUAAGAGAAUACUGCUGUUCCUGUCGUAAUGAUCCCCAAACUCUAUCUCUGUACUGAUGUUUGGUGAUGUUGGUUUGGUAUGGCUGCUGCUGAUGAAUCCUAUGUGGAAGGACAAAAUGGGAGUUUUGUGUCCUACAUGAUUGACAUAGUAGAAAAAUGGACCGGCUUGGAAAUCCUGGAAGGCUCCCUGCAUUACUUGGACUACCUCCUGUGGGUUUUCACUCCACUCAUCAUUGUCUUCAUUCUGCCAUUGUUUAUUAUUCUGUUCCUGUACCUUUCCAUUCUUUUUCUGCACAUGUACAAAAGAAAGAGAGAGCUGCAAGAGGCUUAUUCAAAUAAUGUUUGGGAUGGUGCUAGAAAGACUUUGGCAACUCUGUGGGAUGGACAUGCAACUAUAUGGCAUGGUUACGAAGUUCAUGGAUUGGAAAAAAUUCCUGAUGCAGGGCCUGCUCUGAUUGUUUAUUAUCAUGGGGCCAUACCUGUAGACUAUUACUAUUUUUUAGCUAAAGUAAUUAUCCAAAAAGGAAGAACCUGUCACUCCGUAGCUGACCAUUUUCUUUUUAAGUUACCAGGCUUUAAAUUAUUGUUGGAAGUUUUUAGCGUCAUGCAUGGCCCACAAGAGGAGUGUGUCAAAGCUUUGAAAAGUGGUCACUUGUUGGCCAUCUCACCAGGUGGAGUCCGUGAAGCACUCUUUAGUGAUGAGACUUACGGCAUAUUCUGGCGUGGUCGGAAGGGAUUCGCUCAGGUGGCAAUUGAUGCUCAAGUGCCCAUUAUUCCUAUGUUUACACGGAAUAUUCGAGAAGGAUUUAGGACUUUUGGAUGUUUUGGUAUAUGUAGAUGGUUGUAUGAAAAAUUUAGAUGGCCAUUUGUUCCCAUUUAUGGAGGUUUUCCUGUCAAGUUUUGUACCUAUUUGGGGGAUCCAAUUCCUUAUGAUCCCAAUAUAACUGCUGCUGAGCUAGCUGAAAAGGAGAUUAUUGAGUGAGUGUUACGAAACCCACUGUCACUGUCCUGGGAAAAUGAAUGCAUUUAAAAGUGGAACAUCUGAACAACAUUGAGUGUUUGGCUAUGUGAAAAAAUCUGCAUGCAGGUGAUUCAAAACAUUACACAUCCAUCAAUCACUUAUUCAGUGAUGCUGGUAAUUCUUUUACCAAGGAGCCAGUUGAGCUAUUUAAAGCCUGUAUUUAUUUCUGUGGUGUUUUAGUGUUUGUGCAGCAUAUAAAAUACUGCUGUAUUAUUUUCAUGUUCUGAUGUCAGAAUGUGGACUAAAUAGAAUGUGAAUUUUUUUCUUCAUCCAUUGCCUUUAUCGGUGACAUGAGUGUACAUUGAUCUGUGUAUUCUGUUUACUAUGAAUGUUCAUUGACAGUGGUUGAAAAUCAAAAUGUGUUUAUAUAUAUUUUAUAUAAAAUAAGAUGAUUUGAAAUGAAUUACUCAGGUGUAAAUGAACAGAAAUUGGAUUUAAGCUCAUGAAUCCAAACCCACGCUGGAUGAUUUUUAAAACAAUACCCCGGAUGUUAAUUAUUAUGUAUGCAUUUUAAAACAUUUUCCUACUGAAGUUUAAAUGUUAAUUGUUAUAACAAUACCACUUAAUUGUACAUUAGAGGUUUUUCCAUGUUUCCUCCUGGACUUUCGAAACUAUCAUUUUAAAACAAAUCUGUGGUGAUUUCUGUAUAUACUGUUUUAAAUCUUUGACUAUUUCAGGAUUCUUUCUUUAUCAACCUGUUACUUUUUGCAAAAUUAUACCUGAAUUGCUUUAAUAUUUUUCUGAUUAUUGUAAUUAUGUUAAUGGUGAAAACUACUUUAAAACUUUUCCUACAGCACAAAAGUAAUUGUCUUUGUUUACCUAUUUACACUAUAUGUGGUUGAGUAGUUUAUAAUGGAAAUACAUUUUGAUUGGUUCAUUUAACAAUACAAGUGCCAAAUCCUGCUGUCUGGAAUGUGUUUUUGAAGUGCUGAGGAUGUCCUUGCCUCCUCACUGAAAUAAAACUUUACUGUGUA